AUGCGCCGAGUCCUCCGGCUGCUCCUCGGUUGCUUCCUUACCGAGCUGUGCGCCCGCGUGUGCCGGGCGCAGGAGCGAGCUGGGCACGGGCAGCUGGCGCAGCUGGGCGGCGUGGUGGUGCUCACGGGGGGCAACCGCUCCGGAGCUGCCUCCGGAGAGGCCGGCGAGGGCGUCGGGGUCUCGGACGCACCGCCGACUCGGGCGCCCACACCAGACUUCUGUCGGGGCUACUUCGAUGUGAUGGGCCAGUGGGACCCGCCGUUCAACUGCAGCUCGGGCGACUUCAUCUUCUGCUGCGGGACUUGUGGCUUCCGGUUCUGCUGCACAUUUAAGAAGCGGCGACUGAACCAGAGCACCUGUACCAACUACGACACGCCGCUCUGGCUCAACACGGGCAAGCCCCCCGCCCGCAAGGAUGAUCCUCUGCACGACCCCACCAAGGACAAGACCAACCUGAUCGUCUACAUCAUCUGCGGGGUGGUGGCUGUCAUGGUGCUGGUGGGCAUCUUCACCAAGCUGGGGCUAGAGAAAGCGCACCGGCCCCAAAGGGAACACAUGUCCAGAGCCCUUGCUGAUGUCAUGAGGCCACAGGGCCACUGCAACAUGGACCACAUGGAGAGAGACCUCAAUAUUGUCGUCCAUGUACAGCAUUAUGAGAACAUGGACACGAGAACCCCCAUAAAUAAUCUCCAUACCACCCAGAUGAACAAUGCAGUGCCCACCUCGCCGUUGCUCCAACAGAUGGGACACCCACAUUCAUACCCCAACUUGGGUCAGAUCUCCAACCCCUAUGAACAGCAACCACCUGGAAAAGAGCUCAACAAGUAUGCCUCCUUAAAGGCAGUUGGAAAUUCUGAUGGUGACUGGGCAGUGGCGACACUUAAGUCACCAAAAGCUGACAAGGUCAACGACGACUUCUACACCAAGCGAAGGCAUCUGGCCGAGCUGGCUGCCAAGGGGAACCUACCUUUGCAUCCCGUGAGAGUGGAAGAUGAGCCCCGGGCCUUCAGUCCUGAGCACGGGCCUGCCAAGCAGAACGGACAGAAGUCCCGCACCAACAAGAUGCCCUCUCAUCCCCUGGCCUACAACUCCACCGCCAACUUUAAGACCUGGGACCCCAGUGACCAAUCUCUCCGGCGGCAAGCUUAUGGCAACAAGGGCAAGCUUGGUAUGGCUGAGUCGGGUUCCUGCGACCCCUUAGGGACUCGCACCCAGCACUUCCCACCCACACAGCCAUACUUCAUCACCAAUAGCAAAACAGAAGUGACUGUCUGAGCUUUCACUGCAGGGAGUACCCUGGAGACCACACUUAACUGAGAGAGGCAAAAAAUACCAUUCCGCCCACACCGUCCUGGUCCUAUCCUCCCCCCAACACACACUAGCUCUCUAAAGGAACCAACCACCGACCUACCCGUGACACGGAAUCACGCUUUUCCUGGGUCAUGCCUAACACGCUCCAGCAGGCAGCUGAGGAAGACUGAAACAUGGACAUUCAGCAAUACAGCAGAGGGGAAACUGAGGCACACUCCUUCCCUUCAGGCCAACUCACAUGUCCAAACUGUGGGAACUCACUUUUCUUUUUCCUCCUAACCGGAAACUGAAAUCCAUGAUGAAAAAAAAAUAUAUAUAGGUAGCACAAUUUAGAGAAAUUGUCCAUUUGAGCACAUAAUCUACUUCCACACACUGUCUGGGUGAACGAAUGAAGGUGGACAGGUGGGAAAAAUGAUUGGGGAGGAAUCUGCCCAUGUCACAAGUGUUGUCUAGUCCAAAGAGUGAUGCAGAUACUGAAUUCUGACAGUCCGGAGAUAGUAGGGAACCUCAGCGUUUCAUAUCACCAAGUCAAAAACAAGAAACACACACUCAGACUCUAAACAAAUAGACUCUGAGCCCCCUGACAGUGAUGGGAAGGAAAGAACAUUCUAGAAAACUCCCAUAAAGACUGUGACCAUGGAAAUGGGAGGGGUGGGCUUUACGAUGGGAAUAGGGUCCAGAGAAAUAAAAAAAAAACACGAAUUUUUUAAAAGACAUUAAAAAUAUAGGCCCACUACAAAACAAAUGAGAACAGAGCAUUAAUUUUUGUGCAAAACUUUCAAGGUUUAGGAAACCCACACUCCCAACAUCAAUCCACCAUUGGAAGAUGAACAGGAGGUGUGAUGAGGACUGAGAAGCCCGGCUUCCUGGUGUUUCUCCUUUACCUCCAAGACGGGGAACAACCAUAGAAUCAAAUCCUCUAUUAACCGUCUGUCCCCUACAUCCCUUCCCCUUCAGUGCGUUGCUGCUGCCAAACUUCAACUGCUUUGGACUGAAAAAUGUCAUAAGCGUGGGUGGUGCCUUCAAUGUGUUGCUGUUGUUAAAGUGAUGGUCUCGUUUCCCAAGUGCAACCUGUGUUCUUUUAGCCUUCCUCCCUUCUGUUUUUUUCUGCAGUACUGAUGUUUCCACCUUUCCUUUGUACGUGAGCCCACCUCAUUCACACCCUUUGAGAGGGCUGCUGCUAUGUCAGGGGUACCUAAGGACACUCCCAAAAUUCCUACACCCCUCCAAAUUACCCCUGGAGGUGUUUGGCAUCUUCCCCUCUCACCUGGAAUCUCUCAAAGUUGCUUACAGAUUGAUUCUUAUAACCAAUAGCCUUUGAGUAUCCCAACAAAGAAAAUCUUCCUAAAAUCCAAUUUGUUUAGAGGAAGCCCAGACAGGUACAUGGAAGGGGAAGAAAUUAUCAUUUAAAGUGGGAGGUUUUCAAGUAGCCCUGAAGGUCUUAGCUAAUUAGCAGGAGUUUUCCAAAGACUCACAGCUCCUUUGGUGUGUCAGAGGCUCCAAAAGGUCUAGUCAAAGGAGAGUUGGAGCAUUGCAUGUGAUGUUCUGCCUCCUGGGUCUCUCUACUCAUGCAGUCAGCAUAUCCACAUAUCCUCUUCCUCACUCCCAGCAAGUAUGAAGAGGCCAGUGAUGUCUUUGAUCCCACUGGGCCUCUGUGUCUCACCUGAAGCCUGAGCCUGGGUCAAGCUUCUCCCAUCUGAAGUGGGCCCACGUCAAGCUUCUCCAGCUUUUAAAAAUAGUAAAACUUCUGCUCUUAUUUACAAAUGAAUCUUUCCAAGAAAAGGAUUCCAUACAUAAAGAAGUUCAGUGAAAGGCAGUGUAGAGGUCGGAGUGAAUGUAGAGAUGCCAGUAUGCUCUACAGGGAAGUAAAGAUUGCUGGGCAUGGUGGUUUUUCAUUGAUAUGAGUUAGCUAUAUCCUUGAAACACAUUGGCAUCCAGGUAUCCCCAUCUCAGCAGUGGUAUCUAAAUGGAUUCAGUUUUAAUCCAUGUUAUUUUUAAAGGAAAACAUUCUGUCUUCACAUGUAGAAGACCAGAAUCUAUUACCAUGAAUAAGAAGUAAGCACGAAGGCAGCAAAGAUCAAAUUCUAGCUAAGUGCUGGUGCCCCUGAAAUGGUCUUAACUAAAGCUGUCCUGCUGUUUCUCUCUCUAUGAUAAAGACAUUCACAGGUGUUAGUGUAGUUGAAGAUACCUACAUCCAAAGAGCAGUUUCUCCUUGGGAUAAUCAGGUGAACAGAAAAGUAAAUGAAAAGAGAAUCCAUUGUUCUAUAAGCCAGUGUUAGAUGGUGCUGUGUUCAUAUGCUACCUGCAUCCAUUUGCCUGUGCGAGUGGUACACAGUCUGCUUCAACAAACACUGGGCUGGCUUAGCUGAGAGGUUCCUUCCAGGCCAAAGGUUCUGCAAUUCCUCUUCUCUUCUAGAUCACUUUCCCUUUUUGUCCUUAACCUACUCCAUUGCACCCUUAUCUAUCUCUAAGGAUUUUCUUGAUUUCUAAUCAAUAGUAUCUUACUUCUUCUUCAUGCGCUUUCUUUUUGGAGUCAAUUUUGUUCAGUGAGGUUGGCUCCUUAGGAGUCUGAGAUUGUAAUUUUGGCUCCAAAGAUGCAGCUUGGUCAAUAAGAUGUAGCAGGUACUUCCCAAGUGGUGCUGUCCAGGGACGGCCCAACAGUGCUUCUGUCUCAUUAACAUCCAGUUGGCUUCGGUAGAUGAGCUGGAGAGAGACAAUCAGACAGGUUCAAGGCCUGUUUAUUCCAUUAUUUGGGAAGGUAGACAGACUCCAUGAUAUUGAAAGGAGGGUUAUCAAUGGCUGCCGUGUGCCAAGACAAGGACCCUGUGGCAAAGGUGGGGAGAAACGGAAAAGUCAGAUCAAAACAGACUCUUCUCUCCUCAUUCUGUGUGAAAGCACCAGACUCUUCUUCCCUCUAGCUGACCCAGAUUUCUAACUCAAUGGGCCAGACAGAAUCUGGCUUCCUUCACCUUCCCAGAGUGUCUCAGCCCCCACCUGCCUUGGGCUCUGCCUGGCGUUCCCAUCUAACUCCCCCAGUUUUUUUGUGUAAAUGGAGCAAAUAUUUUAGUAACUGUAUGUUCUGCAAGUAAACCUGUGUUAAUACUUGUCACAAGUGCAGAGUUUAUGAUACCAAUAAUACUUCCUACAAUGAAGAAAAAACAUUUGUUUGUUUUCUAUGAGUGUUUAUUUGUAAACAUAUGUAUUCACUAUAUUAAUAUGAAUUUCUUACCUGGCAAUAAAACUGAUUAUA